AUGGAGGAACUCCCUGUAAUUGACAAGGAUGUUGAGAAGAAAUUUCAAGCCAAGUUUGCGAUUGUCCGUCGCGUAGCAAGCACCCUUGUCGAGCAAGCGUUACGAUCGGACGAGUCCGGGGGAAAGCCCGACCUGGCGCUCGCUCGAGAGCAGCAGAAAAAGUACAUCGACAACCUUCGAGAUUUGGGCAUUGAUGUGCAUGAAUUUGACAGCGAUGAUCGUCUUCCAGAUUGUUGUUUUGUAGAAGAUGUUGCUGUAUGCCAUGACGGUAUUGCUCUCAUCAACCGUCCCGGUCAUCCCACAAGGCAAGGAGAGGAUGAGAUCAAGAGUGUGUCCAUCUUUGUGGGUGGGUCCAGUUACAUAUUGAGUAAGUCCAGCGGCGGUUAUGAGAUCUGUAAAAAUAGUAGCCUCCCUAUCAGUCGAGUCAUCUACAUGAAAGUUGAAGUCUCCGGCGAUGAGAAGUAA